CCAGCCGAUCAGCGCAUGCGCCGGUUUUCCGGAGUUGCCCCGCCGCCAUCUUAGUUGUAGUCAAUCGGUCAACCAGACUACAGCGACUACGCAGUGGCCGCCGCUUUUUCAGUACUGCGCCGGAGCUUCGCGGACGUCUCUCCGAUUUCACCAGCAAGAAAAAGUCGUCAUGUGAGUAUUUUCAAUACCUACAUUGUCUGUUAAUGGGAGCAGGCGGCGCGAAUUUCGGUCAUAAGUGCCUGCUACUCCUUCGUUUCGGCGGGACUUAGGACAGCCACCCGUUCAUUGCCUGUUGAGUACCGUUUUCAUUUGAGUGAUGUAUGUAAGCGGUUGUUCUGCGCGACUGUUUUUUUCGCAUGUGCAUCUCGGGGAUUGCAACGUUUGUUUGCACAGUGACGUGCUGUUGGGGACAGGCUUUAUAUGCGGCGCCGAACCUUUCGUGUCUUACGGCACUUACGUGCACGAGUGUCGCGUUCAACAUACAGCAUUUGGUAGUAAUAAUAUUUGAAAUUCUUAAUUUGGGUGGCGUUCUGAUUUUAGUCCACCGAACGACGCGGUCGCUAUAUUUUGAAAACUCUUGACAUUGUAGCGUCCCAUGUUUCGCGCACGUGAAUAUGCAAACGCGCCGCUCUCCAUUAGCAGCUGUGAUACGCAUUCAUCAGUCAUUCGCACUUGUCGGUUGAGCCGCAUGUAAGGAUACGGAGCCAACAAGGGACGUUAUCUUACCCUGAUAACUAGUGCUGUCUUUUUAUUGCCUUUGGUAUAUAGUUCCGAAAUAAAGAAAGGGGAACGUAGUAACCAUACCAAAGGCGAAAAUGAUCCAGACUUCGCUGGUUAUCAGCGUCAGAUAUCGUUUAUUUUAUGUGUUGGCGACGGUCGUGGUGAGGGACUUCUGGUGUCGAAUCUCUCCCUGCCUCCCCCCCCCCCCAAAAAAAAAAGGAAGCAUGGGCAAUAGCUUUCGCAUGCCAAGCCGCCGCAGCGCCGUCACCUAAUAUCGCUGGUUACGCCAGUGGCUAUCAGCAGGCUGUGCUGCACGUAUCGAAAGCCACGCGUUCGUGCGUUGUUAACAGUAUUUACCUCUGUACAUGCAGUUACCAGAGAGCUGCAGGUUCGUGUGGUUGGAGGACGGCAUCGCCUAGAAAACUGCAUUCUUGCGGUACAGUAAUGCAUUGGCUGCAUUUUUAAAUAAUCAAUAUUCUUUUCAUGGAUUGCGUUUUUAUUAUGGCUUUUGUCAUGGUCCUGCGUUAUUUCAUUGCAGUUAUUUUUUUUUCGUUGUUAUAGCCCUGUUGUUUAUGGUCUUUGUAAUUUCUACUUCGCUAAGCUUUUUUCUCUUAAGAGUAUUUACUGUGUGCAGUAUGUGCAACAGUGAAGAUUAUCUCAGCACUAGUAAAGUGCAGUCCCUGUCAUGGGAUUACUAUCAUGUGACUAAAGAUUUGGUACUGGUAAGGUCCUGAAAACAGGGCGAGCGAUUUCUUCUCUUUUCUUCUCAUGAGAACUACUGCUGCGUUUCAUUGUUUUUUGUGCUUUUUUGCAUGAUGCUACCACACCAACUAGUCCACACGUCGUUACUACUACUCAUCGGGUACGAGCAUCAUGCAGUGGAGGCAUAUUAUGUUAUUAAUACGUGCAGCUGGUUCAUUGGCCUGGCUUCUGCGUGGACAACGGGCACCGACUGUCUGACACUGCCCGGGGUUCUUUUAUAGAGUACGCAGCAUGCAGAUGUUUGUAUGUUCCACCAAUAGAGGGUAACGCCCUGAUAAAAAUAUGUAAUCUAAGAAAGUGUAUUGGCUUAGCAGAAAGUUUAGCUGGCUAUGUUCAGAUUAAACUAACCUUCAGGCUCUGUUUUUUUUUUUUUUUUUGCAGCUCCGUGUAAUGCUGUGCCAUGGCAUCUGUAUUACACAACCACAACAGUCAAGGGUGGACCUGCAAAACAAGCUCCCUGAACCCAUACUUUGGAAAGGAGCACAUUGUCAGGUACACUGAAAGUAAAGGCGCUAGAAAACAUCGAGAUGCUGGCCUGCGGCUUUUCACAUCAGGCCACCUGCAAAAGUUGGUGUUUUCAACUGAAGACACCGCAGAGACCGUGGUGAAGGCACAAGUUCUGGCAUCCAUGGCAACACGGACAGUGUACAGUGUUGGGGUGAAGUUGCUUAAGUGUGAUGGGGAGCUUGUCAGUGGCAGCUGCUCAUGUGUUGCUGGGAAAGGUGGUGUCUGCAAACAUGUUUGCUGCGUUUUGUACGGGCUGAUGCACAUUGCGCAACAUGAUCUCACUGAAGUACCAAAUGCCAUUGCAUGCACUGAAGGUGAACGGCAGUGGUACAACCCGCGGGAUCCAAAAAAAGUGACUGAGCAAUUUCAACAGAUUGUAUUCUCCAAGGACACCACUGAAAAAAUCAGUGAUGCACCAAGGCUUCACAAAAAACGAGCAGCCUACUCAUGCUUGAGAACACAAGACUCGAAUCUGUCAACACUGAGCCUCAUAAACUUGCAUGGAAACUUCAAAGAAUGUGGGCUCGAUUGCUUCGCAGACGUACUUGAAGCAAAUGACUUUCUUCCCGAAAAACAAAGAAAAGUUGAGAGCCCCGCUACCGAAGAUGUGGCUGGGCUACCUUUAAGGUGGCUGGAGCGAGCCAAACAGGGGAAUGCUUUGCUGUCAUACACAGACGAAGAAGUUACAGCCGUAGAGGCAGCCACACGACUGCAAAGUGCUUGCCUCCUUUGGCAUAUGUAUAGGGAGGGUCUGAUCACUGCAUCUGUAGCGCAUAGAGUUUACACAUGGGUCAGGACGUGCCAAACCAAAAUGGGGCCGCAUGAUCCCCGACGUCUCAUCGCAGCAGUGGUUGGGAAAAAGAAAGGCAGGGCAACAUUUGCCAUGAAGAGAGGCCUGCUGUGUGAGCCUGAAGCCAGGAAAGCCUUUCAGGACAAAAAUGACAGCCACGUGGAGCUUGAGGUGACUGAAACUGGCCUCUUCCUCUCUCGUCAUCACGCUUUUCUAGGUGCAAGCCCAGAUGGGCUCGUGAAGUGUAAAUGUUGCGCACCACGGCUGCUUGAGAUCAAAGUGCCCCUAAAAAUUCAAGAUUUUGCCAAAAGGCAGUUGCGUGCUGGGGAACUAAAAAAAAGUAGUGGCUAUUAUACUCAGGUGCAAGUGCAGAUGGGUGUGACUGGUCUGAACACCUGCGUGCUGUUUGUUUACAGCAAGGAAGAGUGCCGACAAAUCUCCGUGCCAUUUGACCAGAGUUCUUCACGGAAUUCAUAGAACGUUGCAAAUUUUUUACUUCCAGCUACUUGCUUCCCUACAUUUCCAGUAACUGGUAAAGUAAAGCUAGAAAAUGUUUUCAAGCUUGUGCGUGUGUUCUGUCAUACCAUAAAUACUUCAAGCCAGUAGAAGUAGCCCACCAGAGUUUUGCUUCUGUGCCUGUAAAUUGCCUUUUCUACAACAAAGAUGUUUAUGUAUGAGGUUUGUGCAUUUUUGUUCUGCGUUAACAAGAACAGUCUACCCUCUUUCUUUGUACAUCAUUCACGUGCAUAACUUGACCACGCUGGGGAAAAAUAGUACAAAUGAGCGUGAGGCCCUCCAGUGUGAAGCGUCUGUGUGCUUCAUGCUAAUUUCGCGGAGGCAUAGGCUUGCUUAUUUAUGCCAUGAAGCACACGAAACUGCACCACUGGCGUUAUUGUUGCUACUAAUAUUCACACCAUUAUGGCUUGCGUGCUACUGUAAGGGCCGGCCUUGCUCCAAAACAGCAACUUAUGUGGAAUUUAAAAAAAUUCUCGGGGCACCUAAGCUUGCUUACGUACUGUGGAGGUAAAAAGCCUGGUGAUACUUAUUAACUGCUUCUUUACUGAUAGGGUAUUUGUGUUAUUUGUGUCUGUCUUCAUUGCCACUUUGUUCAAUGUAAUGUUACAUUGACGGGCUCUUUUACUGCUGCAUUGUCUGUACUUCUCUUUUCGCCUUCAUUUUGAAUUAAUUCAAGGUGAAUUAAACAAGCAGACCGGUAACACAUGCCACAGCUUUCCAUGAAUCAGUGUUUUGUGGGACAGCGAGGCACCUGCUCACGUGUCACUUGGCAUGAGCUAUUCGAACUUUUAUCCCACCACUGCUAAUGUGUAGGCCUGUGCUAUGAUGUGUUGUGACCCGCUUCUUUUAUGGCCCUACUUUUUACCCACCACUGCUAGUGUGUAGGCCUGUACUAUCAUGUGCCUUCUGGCCUGUUUUUUUUUGUUUUCCUGAAGGCCCUACACAGUUUACGGGAAGCACGAAAACAAUGUCAAAUAAACCACUGUACUGGAGCCCUA